UAUGUGAGAAACAAGAGGCGUUUGUUUCCCACACUGCGAGAGCCCGCCCGUGUAUCACACACACACACACACACACACACACACACACACACACACACACACACACACACACACACCCUCACUCACUGUGCUCUGCCGCUCUCUCAUCCGGCUGGGAGAGACCGAAGCAGCCUGGCAGAGAAACAGCGAGGAGGGGAGAGGAAACAGAGCGACGGAGAUGGCGAGCAUCAACAUGGGGCCGAGACCGCUGCUGCUGCUGCUGCUGCUCGCGUGGGUCUUAAUGGCCUUCCUAACGCCUAACGUCCGAUGUCUUAACGGCGACGAGGACCAGAGCCAGGACACCGAGUGCAAGAUGAAGAGCGUCACCGUGUCUGCGCUGCCGUUUCUGAGGGAAAACGACCUGAGCAUCAUGCACAGUCCGUCGGCCUCCGAGCCCAAGCUGCUGUUCUCCGUUAGAAACGAUUUUCCCGGGGACGUCGUGGUGGUGGACGACCUGGAAAACACCGAGCUCCCCUUUUUCGUCUUAGAGAUCUCUGGGAAUUCAGAGGACAUCCCUCUUGUGCGCUGGAGGCAGCAGUGGCUGGAGAAUGGCACUCUGCUCUUCCACAUCCACCACCAGGACGGCGGCCUGAGCCUCCCGGAGCCAACCGAAGACCCGGCCAACAAUUCUGCGAAGGAGGAGCUCCGCAUCCUGCACAUCUCCGUCAUGGGCGGGAUGAUCGCCCUUCUGCUGUCCAUCCUGUGCCUGGUCCUGAUACUCUACACCCGCAGGCGCUGGUGUAAACGCCGCCGCAUCCCUCAGCCCCAGAAGAGCGCUAGCGCCGAGGCAGCUAAUGAGAUCCACUACAUCCCCUCAGUGCUGAUGGGAGGCCAGGCCCGGGAGAGCUUGAGAAACUCCCGGGGUCAGGGGCCGAACUCCAGCGGCACCCUCAGCAUCCGGGAGACACCAAUUCUGGAUGGGUAUGAGUACGACAUUACCGACCUGCGUCACCAUCUGCAGCGGGAGUGUAUGAAUGGUGGUGAGGAGUUUGCCAGCCAGGUCACCCGUACCCUGGACUCCCUCCAGGGCUGUAAUGACAAGAAUAAUAUGGACCUCACCCCUGUGAGUGACAACACCAAGCUGGCCCUAAUGAACAAAUACAAGGACAACAUCAUCGCCACAAGCCCCAUCGACAGCAACCACCAGCAGAACACCCUGCUUCCUCACAACACCUCCACCAGCCAACGCAAGCGCCUCUCCAGCAACACCCGUGCGGGUUCAACUUUCUUGAACCCAGACGGGGACUCUGGGACGGAGGCAGACAGCGAGCCUCAGCUGGCCUUUUACACCGACCCAAACCGCAGUCGCCGCCGGAGUCGAGGUAUGAGAAAUGGUAAUGCCAACAGCGCGUGGGGCUCAGGGGCAGCAGGUUCCCCGCGGAGCCCCAUCAAUAAGACCACCCUGACUCUGAUCAGUGUCAUCAGCUGCGUGAUUGGCCUGGUUUACUCCUCUCACCUCUCCUGCAGCCUCUCAGUCCGGGUAAUCCUACAUGUGCCGGAGCACCUCAUCGCCGACGGAUCGAGGUUCAUUUUGCUCCAGGGGAGCCAGUUGGACGCCUCGGACUGGCUGAAUCCAGCCCAGAUCUUGUUGUACUACCAGCAGAAUGCCAGCGGGCCCUGGGUCAGUGAGCUGUGUGGACGACGCCUCCUGGACCCCUGUGAGCACCAGUGCGACCCAGAGACGGGAGAAUGCCUUUGCCUUGAUGGCUACAUGAAGGACCCGGUCCACAAACACCUCUGCAUCCGCAGUGAGUGGGGGCCCAAUCAGGGUCCCUGGCCUUACACCAUCUUCCAGCGCGGUUUUGAUCUUGUGAUGGGAGAACAGCCUUCUGAUCGCAUUUUCAGAUUCACGUACACCUUAGGGGAAGGAAUGUGGCUGCCGUUGAGUAAAAGCUUUGUCAUCCCCCCUGCCGAGCUCGCCAUCAACCCCUCAGCUAAGUGCAAGACGGACAUGACAGUCAUGGAGGACGCGGUGGACGUACGAGAGGAGUUGAUGAUCAGUUCAUCGUUCGACUCUUUGGAGGUUCUCCUGGACUCGUUUGGGCCCGUCAGAGACUGCACCAAAGACAACGGAGGCUGCAGCCGCAACUUCCGCUGCAUAUCAGACCGAAAGCUGGACUCCACCGGAUGUGUGUGCCCUCCAGGGUUGAGUCCUAUGAAGGAUGGGACCGGGUGCUACGACCACCACAUCGGCAUCGACUGCUCUGACGGUUUCAAUGGAGGAUGUGAGCAGCUGUGUCUCCAGCAGCUGGCUCCUCUAGAGGAUGACCCAACACUGUACAACAUCCAGAUGUUCUGUGGGUGUAUCGAGGACUACAAGCGGGGUCCAGAUGGGAGGUCAUGCCUGCCGCUGUCCGAGGCCUGCAUCGAGGGAAUAGACUGUGUGGAAACGGUGGACAUCCCCGCUAACCAGACUGUGUUCGGAGACCUCUUCUACGGAUACAACAACCACACCAGAGAGAGCACCUCCGGACAGAUCCUCAAGGCCACGUUCAGGCAGAAGAACUUUGCCCGAGGCAUCGAGCAGCAGCUCCCAGAUGGCAUGGUGGUGGCAUCGGUGCCAACAGAGGUUCAGUGCCACGAGGAGCUGUCGGACCCCGUGCCCGACCCAGAAUACCUCACAGGUAUGGUGAACUACAGCGAGGUGUCUGGCUACCCCCUCGUCCAGCACUGGAGUCUGCGCUCUGUGCUCUACCACGUCAAACUCAAUCAGUGGGUCCUCUCUCAAGCCUUCAGCUCGGCCAUCCAUUCUCUGGACGGGGCGACGCAGCGGAGCGACUUUGUCUCCAUCCUGAGGGAGUUUGGGAACCACUACGUGCAGGAGGCGGUGUACGGCUUCCAGGAGUCCUGUACCAUCUGGUACCCCAACAAACAAGUCCAGAGACAGCUGUGGCUGGAGUACCAGGACAUUAGCAAAGGUAACUCACCUUCGGAGGAGUCAGAGGAGCGCGACAAGGAGCCGAGGACGUUGACCUACCCUGCAUACAUCGCCAGCCUGCUGGACACAGGAGCAAAGCGCAUGGCAGCCGGAGUCCGCAUGGACUGCACCAGCCAAGGCCAGUGCCCGCGCUCCUGUCACCUCUGCCACAUGAGCCCGAGGGCAUCGCAAGGGCGGCAGCAAUCCGAGCCUGUCCUGCUCCAGAUCACCAAGGCCGCACCCAUCUAUGAGUUGGUGUCCAACAAUGAGACCUACCAGGCUCUUCAGGAGGCGAUGAUGAGCAUGCUGUGGUGUUCGGGGAAAGGUGAUGUUAUCGAUGACUGGUGUCGGUGUGAUUCCAGUGCUUUUGGCACAGACGGACUGCCCACCUGCGCCCCACUUCCCCAACCUAUGCUGAAGCUGUCUUACACCUACGAGCCCAGCAGCUCAUUGGUCAUCAUGGAGUGGAACCACACCGAGUCACCAAUCGGCGUGCGGAUUGUUGAUUACCUCAUCAGCCAGGAGAAGGUGACAGAGAGGACCGACCACUCCAAAGUUGAGACAGAAACCCUUUUGAGCUUUGUGGAUGACAUCUUGUCCGGGGCCAGGUCUCCAUGUGUGAUGUUAGGGGACAUCCCCAACCUCCUGUCCUCCUCCAUCAGCAUGAUCAUUCGCUGCCUGGAGCCCGACACCACAUACAUGUUCCGGCUGUGGGCAGUAGACAACACAGGGCGCCGGUCCAGUCCAAGUGAGGUCACCAUCAAAACUCCGUGUCCAACUGUGGAUGACGUCAAAGCACAAGAAAUAGCUGAUAAGAUCUAUAACCUGUUCAAUGGUUACACCAGUGGGAAGGAGCAGCAGACGGCCUACAACACUCUGAUGGACCUGGGCGCUCCCACGCUCCACCGUGUCCUCUACCACUACAACCAGCGCUACGAGAGCUUUGGAGAAUUCACCUGGAGGUGUGAGGAUGAGCUAGGACCCAGGAAGGCCGGCCUGAUCCUCUCCCAGUUAGACGAACUCUCCCCGUGGUGUAAAGGUCUUCUUCAGGAGCCGAAGAUUGGCCUUCGCAGAAUGUCCCUCAAGUUCCUGUCCUGCCGUUACACUGACACCAAGUCCUUCGGGCUGAACUGGUCUAAUAUGGGCCAGGAUGUACACAAGGCCUGUGACGAGCAGACGCUGACUGUCAUGUACAAUGACUACGGUGAGCCUAAGGAGCUGUAAAAUGACUUGAAGCUUUGAGUUUGGAUGUGUACAGGAAUAAUGGGGAUUUGUCAAACCCAACAAAGAAACAAAUCAAAUGCAGGUUUCACAUCUGUUUCCCUAAGCUAAAUGCAUUCAUGGUGUCAUCAGUAACUCCUAAACAUUAUUUGAAAUACCAUUUACUCUAUUUAGCUUUGUCCACAUUAUUGGUAAAUGUAUUCAAAGUCUCAGUCUAUCAGAGCAGAGGGUGAAUGAGAGGCAAAUUGUGAAAUGCAAUAUAUAUUCCUCCAUUAACAUUUACUGUGAAGCAGCUGCUGGCACAAGAUAAAAUUAGGCUCUUUCGAGAUGAACUGGAACUGAGAUCAGGCGACUGGAGGUGACAAAAACCUGCAGUCAAGUCUGUCAUUUUCCUGAAGCCUUCAAUGAAUAUACAGGACUUCACAGGAAUGUUUACAUCCUGUUAGGUCAAUCUGUAGGCUACCCAUUGUUUGCAGACCAUGUUUCAACAUAAAUUAACUUUAUUGUUAUCAUUAUCAACCACACAAGAAAUGUUUGUUAACAGAUUAAACCUUGCACAACACAAGACAAUAAUAGCCUACAAUGUAGUGCUGAAUAUUACAAAAUACUCAAUAUUACUAUAGUAAUAUAAUAUUACUGAAAUUUAGGAUUUGCUACUGCUUAUGGUCAAAACUAAGAGCCAGUCAGCUCUUUGGUCAGGUUACAGCCAGGCGUUUCCCAUCAUGCCCUGGGUCUUGCAGUCAGUGGAGAGCAACUGCGGCGCUGGGCUCCAAAAACUGAAGCCACCUCAAUCUCGUGAGGUUAUCGCUGUCCACGUGUUCAUGACAACAGAGCAAGUCGGCAUCGAGUCAAUUCAUUGUGUGGGAAUCUCUGUUGUUUACCUCCAAUGUUUUGCUUGGUUAAGCUGGUAUGUGUCUAAAUUUGGAUAUUUUUAAUUGCCGUUUAAUUUGAAAUAUUGCAAGGCAGGAAUGGAACAAUGUAUAAAGCAAGGAAAACGAAUAUGAGCCAGAGAUCAUUGAUGUUCCAUUAUUUUUUGGAGCUUUCUGAAAAAUAAAAGCACCUUUUGUAGCACGCCUCCAGCCCUCAAGUUCUCCAAUUCUUUACUAUUUUUAUCAUUUACAUGCAGAAUGGCAUGAAAAAAAUGUGGAAAAAAGUUGAAUACUAUCAAAACAUAUGGUAUUUCACAUUUUGUUUUCUAUUCAGUCAUGACAUUAAAUGCAAUUAUCUUAGAAAAACAAAAAUCUCAUGCAUUUUAUUUCACUUUAUUUCUUUGUUGGACCCAACAAUCUUUUAAAACUUUGAUAUAUAAUACAGAGCACCUUUUUUACUCUUUGUUGCAGAAAUCGACCAACUUAAUAGUGUAAUAGAGAGGAAAGCGUUUUGAGUCAGGUACUAAAAGAGCAGAUCUGGGACAUAAAGGACAGCUCCUUUGUGCCUGUUUAAAUCCAAACUCAGUCAUAUCUUUAGACAUGUUGGUGAAAAAUUACAAAAGGCAACUAUUGAUGUCAAACAAGUGGCCAAAAACCUGAUAGUGGCUGUGAAUUUUGGCCAGUACAGCCUGGAUACAGUUAGUUACUGCUCAGACCGGACUUCUAACCAAAAGUCAGCGCUUUGUUCUUGUUUACAUGCAAAAUGCAGGAGAUUCUUGGGCGAUGUAUAAAUUUAACCGUUAAAAUGUAUUGUAGCUUCACUUUCACUGGUACAUUCCAGCCAUUGGUUCAUAUUUUACAGCUUCUGACGCUUGCCGUACGCAUUUAUUAUGAAUAACUGCAGCACACCCAGCAGGUGAACACUUCAUGGGCUAAAACAUCAUGUAUCUCCUCAGCUGUGAUUUGCUAUUGGCUGCUGUAUUGUGUGGAGUUGCUUACACAUCAAAUCUUAUCAAAACUUUUCAACUAUCACUUCUCUUUUGACAUAUUUUGAGUGACGUCAGCCUCUCAAACGAGUACUUAGGAACCUGGUUUGGUCUUAAUGCAGUCCAAUGUAUUUAAGUAAAUGUCAUGUAGCGACAACGGGAACAAAGCCAGUAUUUUGCAGUUAUCCGUGUUUGGAUGAGAAAGGUUGAGGUAGCAUUUAAGCAUUUGAAGCUAAAGAGAUUUUAGAAAGACAGGAUGGUCUCCUGGGAGUUAUUUUGGUAGUAUAGACAUUCAAAACAAACUUUGUACAUAGCAUUAUCAUUAUCAAGUUUUAGUGAUAUAACCUGCUGAAUGUAGUAUUGAUAGUUUGCAUUUAUAACUGAAGUUGUUAUAAAGGAGUUUUACUAAAUAACAGAGGAAGUACACAGGGUUCAUUUUCUGUUCAAUAAAAUCUGCCAAACCAUUUGACAGUAUUUUCAUUUCUUGUUCUACAGUUUUCACAUCCUCCACAAUCUAACCACUGACGCUGUUAAAAGUGAUAAUUCUGUAUUGAAACUGCAAAUUAACAGUGUCUCAAUGUUUUAAACUGCUUCUCUGUAUGAUUAAACUUCAUGCAAUAAUGUACAAGUCUUGAGAAAGGUUUUUCUGACAUUUCCACGGAUACUGUGUGUUUAUCGUAAGUAUACUUUAACUUUCCUUUGACCUCUGUUUGUCAUUAUUUUAUCGCUGUGCAGUGGCCAUGUUGGAGAUUGAUGUCAAAGAAAUGCAAAUGUAUAUUAGUGGUUGAUUUUUAACAAAUCUCAUAUGUGAAUACUAAACACUUGUAGAUUUUUGUAUAGGCAGCAAAGUAUUUCAUAAAUGCAUCACAUUAUAGCACAGCACAGUGUUUCUCUUCUGUAUAUAAAUGUACAACAGGUGAUAUUUUACAACAUUUAGGUGUGCUUUAGUAGAUACAAUAUUGUACUGUAAUAUCUGCUGUGUAGCUUUAGUCAAACAAUUGGAUUAAUCCCAGUGAUUGCAGUUCUGUAAAGAGCAGAGUUUGACUUUCUUUGAUCUGAUGUUGACCACUAUCUGAAACUGGACUGAAAUGAACUGUGACUGACUGGUUGAUUAAAAGACGACAGUGUCAUUGUGUUUGUACAAAAAGGGUAAAAUGACAAGCUAAGUGGGAAUGAACAUGAAAUGAAUAAGGUAUCAAGGAGACCUGUUGACCUCUUAGAGAGAUACAAACCAAGCAUCUACUACCUGCAUGAGAUUAUUCUGUCUAUACUGUAUGUGGCUAUUAUAAACUUUUUCACUUUGAUCUUUGCUACUUCAAAGAACAAUAAAGAAUAUAUUGUGAAAA